ACACCCGGAAUGUGGGAGGGUCGACUGUGAGUGAACUUUGUCACAAAUUUCUCCGAGCUGAGUUAUUGUAAAUUUCUCUGACUCCCACUGACGGAUGAAUCAGUGCACUCUGCAAAAAUGUAUAUCUGGUUCACAGUUUUAGCCGGAUUGGCUAUUCUGUCCUUUUCAUUCCUGAAAACAUUUUUCCCAUAUUUCAGCCAGGACUGCGCGUACAUCCUAAGGAGCAUUAAACUUGGCAUCAGGCUCGUUAAAUAUAAGAAGAGCAAACCUUUUUACAGCAUCUUAGACUGCUUCUUGGAUGCAGUGAAGCGGCAUCCAGACAAGAUCCUUCUGCACUUUGAAGGUCGACAGUAUACUUAUGGCGAGGCGGAUAAACAGAGCAACAAGGUCGCCAGAGCUCUGCAGGCUGAAGCCCGGUUGAAGGAGGGGGACACGGUCGCCCUCUUUCUGGCCAACGAGCCCAACUUCGUGUGGACUUGGCUCGGCUUGUCCAAGCUCGGCUGCCCGGCUGCUUUGCUCAACUUUAACAUCAGAUCUAAGUCUCUCCUGCACUGUUUCUCCUGCUGCGGAGCCAAAGUGCUCAUCGCCUCCCCAGAGCUGCAGGACGCUGUGGAGGAAGUUUUGCCUACACUGAGAGAGCAGGGAAUCAGCGUCUACCUCCUGUCAGAGACAUGCAAAAUCCAGGGCAUCAACACAUUGUCCGACAAGAUCUCACAGGCCUCAGACCAGCCUCUGUCCCCGCAGCUCAGAGCCAACAUCAAUAUCAAGAGCACUGCUCUCUACAUCUACACGUCAGGCACUACAGGUUUGCCUAAAGCAGCCAUUGUCACCCAUGAGAGGAUGUGGGCCGCCUCCUUCGUCCAGGCUGCGUGUGGAUCCACAGCAGACGACAUCUUCUACGUCAAUCUGCCUCUGUAUCACAGCGCAGGCUUCCUCAUUGGGUUGGCUGGAAGCAUCGAGAGAGGUAACACCAUUAUUUUAAGGAGAAAGUUCUCCGCCUCUCAGUUCUGGGACGACUGCAGGAAGUAUAAUGUGACGGUAAUGCAGUACAUCGGUGAAACAAUGCGCUACCUCUGCAACAUGCCCAAGAAGGACAAUGAGAAGGACCACAAAGUGAGGAUCGCCAUUGGCAACGGAGUCCGGACAGACAUUUGGUCAGAGUUUCUGAGACGGUUCGGUGACAUUAAAGUCAAGGAGCUGUACGCUGCAACGGAGGGAAACAUCGGCUUCAUCAAUUACACAUCCAAGAUCGGUGCAGUUGGACGAGUCAAUCCCGUCCACAGGUUUUUCUUCCCCUACACUUUGAUCAAGUUUGACAUUGAGAAGGAGGAACCUGUCAGAAACUCUGAGGGUCUGUGCAUCGAGGCAGCCAGAGGUGAGACUGGACUUUUGGUGGGAAGGAUCACUCAGAGGUCUCCCUUCGUCGGCUACGCCGGCAACAAGCAACAGACUGAGAAGAAGAGGCUUCGUGAUGUCAUGAAAAAAGGCGACCUGUUCUUCAACACCGGCGAUUUGCUUCGGUUUGACCACGAGAACUUUGUGUACUUCCAGGAUCGAGUUGGUGACACUUUCAGAUGGAAAGGAGAGAACGUCGCCACGUCGGAGGUUGCAGAUAUUCUCUCAAUGGCUCACUGCAUUUUGGAGGCAAAUGUCUACGGAGUUAAAGUUGAAGGUCAUGAGGGGCGGAUCGGCAUGGCGGCUGUCACUCUGAAAGAAGGGGAAGAUUUUGACUGUUCAGACGCCUACAACAAGGUUGCUAACUACCUCCCAGCAUACGCACGACCCCGAUUCAUCAGGAUUCAGCCCUGCCUGGAGAUGACGGGAACAUUCAAGAUGAAGAAAGUGAAGCUGGUGGAGGAAGGAUUCAAUCCAGCGCUCAUCGAAGACCCUUUAUACUUCCUUGAAGCUGAGAAAAAGACGUACGUUCCCCUGACUGAGGAGAUUUACAAAUCAAUAGCUGCUAGGGAAAUCAAACUCUAACACAGAAAACUGAAAUAACCCAUUUGUUUACAAAGAUGUAACAGCUCACUGACGGACCUCUUUAACACAAUCAACUAAUCUCAGGGACAGACGGGACUUUUCAUCGCGUUUGAAGAGACUUCUUUAUUAUUAACAGCUACUGUGCAUCUCUACAGUUUGUGUAAAUGUAUUCCUGACAGUAUGUAACAUACAGGUCUGUCUCACUUUUAAUAAUUACUGUUUUUUUUUUUCAUAAUGUCUGAUUGGCCAGAUAAAUUGUAGCGUUUACAUUUUUUGUUUUAAGCCAAAAUCUUUUAUUAUCUAAAGCAUUUUGCAUUAGAUUUAAGAUACAGUAAGUUUUUGUUGUAAAAUUCUGAUCAAUGUAAAUUAACUUUGUACAACUUUGGGUAUUAAACCUUUAAAACCUA